CUCGUCCUAUUCCUUGUUUUCAUCGCUUUCAAGUCUCAAGACACCAGACCAGCCUCCGCAUGUUCCCGCCAAAACCACCGUUCUUCACUAAACACAUGGGCCUACGCUCUGUUCCUCUUCCACCACCAAUAUCAAAGACUCCUCACCUUUCUGUCCUGGCGGACAAUUGCAACUCAAUGCGCCAACUCAAACAGGUCCAUGCCCAAAUGAUCGUCUCCGCUCGCAUCCACGACACAUUCGCAGCCAGCCGAUUACUCUCCUUCUGCGCUCUAUCCGACUCCGGAGAUUUCGGGUAUGCUAUAAGGAUAUUCGAAAACUCGCAGGCCCCGAAUGGGUUCAUGUGGAAUACGCUGAUCAGAGGUCAUGCUAGUGGCUCGAAUCCUUGUGAGGCUGUGUUUCUUUACGUAAAGAUGAGGAGGCUUGGUGUAGUACCGGGUAAGCACACGUUCCCGUUUCUUCUCAAAGCUUGUUCCAGGAUUUUCUCGCUUGGAUUGUGCAAACAGGUUCAUACCCAAGUUGUGAAAUCUGGUUUAGACUUGGAUUUAUAUGUGGUGAAUGGGUUGGUCAGGGCGUACUCUGUUUCGAGUAGUUUGGGUGAUGCCCGGCUGUUGUUUGCGGAAUCUCCUGAUAGGAAUUUGAGUAUUUGGACGACAAUGAUUUGUGGUUAUGCCCAGAACUUUUGUUCAAACGAGGCGUUGGUGCUUUUUGAUCAAAUGGUUGUUGAGGGUUUUGAACCGAACAGUGUGACUCUGGCCUCUGUGUUGUCUGCUUGUGCUCAAUCCGGUUGUUUAGAAUUGGGAGAAAGAAUUCAUGCAUUUAUAAAGGAGAAGGGGAUUGAGGUGGGAGUGAUUCUUAGCACGGCAUUGCUGCACAUGUAUGCAAAGAAUGGAGCAAUUUCAGCAGCUCGGGAUUUGUUUGAUAGCAUGUGUGAGAAGAAUGUUGCAACUUGGAAUGCAAUGAUUUGUGGACUGGCAAGUCAUGGACAUGCUGAAGAAGCGCUUAGCCUCUUUUGGAAACUAGAGAAGGAGAAGGUUGUGCCAAAUGAUAUAACUUUCGUAGGGGUUCUAUCUGCCUGUUGCCAUGCUGGCUUGAUUGAUAUUGGACAUGAGAUCUUUCUUUCAAUGAAAAGGGUGUAUGGCAUUGAGCCAAAGAUCGAACAUUAUGGGUGCAUGGUGGAUCUUCUUGGGAAAGGUGGGAAGCUGACAGAGGCAGAGAAGUUGAUAAAAGAAAUGGUUUGGAAGCCUGAUGUGGUGAUUUUGGGAGCUUUGUUGGCUGCCUGUAACAUUCAUGGAAAUACUGAGGUUGCUGAAAGAGUGGUAAAAGAAAUUAUUGUUUUGGAACCUCACAAUCAGGGGGUUUAUGUUGUUUUAUCUAAUAUGUAUGCGGAGGCUGGACAGUGGGAGGAUGUUCUGAGACUGAGAAAGGUGAUGAAAGAAGGGAGCAUAAAGAAAACGCCUGGGUGGAGCCUGGUGGAUGGUGAUGCUACUGUAUAUAAAUAUCCAUCAGAAGAAACCAAUUUGGCAGACGGACACUUGGAAAAAGAAAAAGAACGUGUAAUAUGAUCCCAAUGCGUUUUGACUUGCAUUCUGAUCCUGUUGGAGUUAGAGGAAACACUAAGUGUGCUUGGGUGUCGAUAGACACGGACUCUAGACCGCCCUACACACGUCCUCCCACUAACUUUCAAGGCCUUGGUGUCACCAUACCACUCAUCAAGGACGCCAACUCAUCGGCCGUAUGGUGCCUCCUGUAACAACUCGUACUCACCUCCAGAGCUUCAAACCUCAUUCGUUCAUUCUUUUGCGUGUACUGGAUGUUGAUCAUGUACCCCUUUUCCAUGCAUGCGGAAGAAAAGAUCUCUUUGACAGUCUCAACACGAAUAACUCAAAUGCACAUCCUAGUGUUGUCGUGUCCUUGAACAGACAAUAGCAUCUUCAUUCUUCAAGGCGGCUUCUUUUUCGACUUAAAAAUAUGAGAACAAAACCAUUAUAUUCUAAUUUCUGGUCUAUUUCUGUUCUAUGCACAAGUUUGUUUUGUAGCGUUUGUUCUGUUUUUCCAUUCCAUUCAGUAUUGUUUAAUUUUAGUUAACUUUAUUGUGCCCAUUAAUAAAUCCGCUUCCGUUUUUUGA